GAAAGGUUCUGAAGGGUGAGGUUGUGUAUUUUUUGAAUCACCGAUAUCAGAAUUUACAAUUAUUUACUAAUUUUAUUGUAUGUGAAAUUAAACUUAUGCUGAGAACAGUGUAUAAUAAUGAUUGCUUGUUGUUCAAUUGAAUUUUCAACCUUGUACGUUGCACCAUGUGAGUCUUAUCAGUGUAAAACGCUUAGAUUACGUGGACAAAUCUUUACGAAUAAUGCCUGUAUUGAAGGCUGUUCAAUUUUAUAGCAUUUAGGUGUAAUAUAACAUCGUUUUCGAAAUGAUGCCGGAACAUUUAUACUCAUGGGAACUAUGGUUUCCCCUAGUUAUUAAUCUCAUUCUCUCCAUAUUCUUUUACUUUUCUUCUCUUAAACUCAUUCCAACUUUAGCUCCUGCUUUCAUAAAGGCUAAUUUAUUCGGAAUGGAUAUGAACAAAACAUCAAAGGAAAAAAUUCCAGAAGCAUUUGGAGUUGUUAGCGGAUGUAUGUUUCUCUUAACGAUGUUUCUAUUUAUACCUGUUCCUUUUGGUCAAAUAAUUUUGAAUAAUGGAACAACUUCUUUUCUUUAUAGUGAGUUUAUAAAAUUGAUUGCUGCUUUGCUGUCGAUUUGCUGCAUGCUGUUAUUGGGGUUCGCUGAUGACGUCAUCGAUUUAAGAUGGAAGCAUAAGCUACUUUUGCCAACUGUUGCUUCACUACCUCUCCUUAUGGUCUAUUACGUAACAUUUAAUUCUACAUCUGUAGUGAUUCCUAAACCGUUUCAACCAUGGUUCGGACGUUUACUGAAUUUAGGUGUAUUUUAUUACGUAUAUAUGGGAAUGCUGGCCGUAUUCUGCACCAAUGCGAUAAAUAUACUCGCAGGAGUGAAUGGUCUUGAAGCUGGACAGUCUGUUAUAAUAGCCAUUUCCAUAAUGUUAUUUAAUCUGUGCGAACUCGCUGGUGAAUUAUGGAGAACGCAUCAGUUUUCUUUAUACUUUAUAAUACCUUUUAUUUUUUCAACAUUGGGACUACUUAAAUAUAAUUGGUACCCGUCUCGUGUAUUUGUCGGAGACACAUUCUGUUAUUUCGCUGGUAUGACAUUUGCAGUUGUCGGAAUUUUAGGACAUUUUAGUAAAACAGUGUUAUUGUUCUUUCUACCACAGAUAGCUAAUUUCUUGUAUUCUACACCACAGCUGUUUCAUGUGAUACCUUGCCCACGACAUCGAAUUCCUAAGUUAUCAAAAGCAGGCUUUCUCGAACCUAGCACAGUCCAGUUUUCUGUAAACGAAAUAGGAGUUUUAGGUCAUUUAGUUUUAAAACUUUUUGACAAAUUGAGCAUUGCUAAAAUCCGCUAUGAAGGCAAAAACAUCGUGACGAAUAAUUUAACACUUAUUAACUUUUUAUUGAUUAAGUUUGGCCCUCUUCACGAAUCACAUUUAACUAUUGCCUUAUUAUGUGUGCAGGUGUUAUGCACCGGUGUAGCGUUCAUUAUCAGGUACCCAUUAGCUUCGUUAUUUUAUGACAUACCAUUGUCUUAAAUGGUAUCCUAAUGGAAGAUGUUACAUAAAUAAAAUAAGUAGGUCUAUUGUUAUAUUAAUGAACAUUAAAAUAAAAAUGUAUUUUUAUAAAACUAUACAUCGAUAGUUGUCUCAAAUUAAAUAUAUUUUUAGCAAAACAAAAUUGAUUCUUCAUUCAGUUUCUAAUGGGUCAGUGACGUAACCUAUGAAAAAAAUAGAGAAAUUAAUCCACAAAUCUUAAUAUAUUUAUCUUAAAUUUUAUUAAGACAUAGUUUUUGGCAA